AUGGGGAAGCGGCAGCGCAGCGACUACAGAGGCGAUGGCGGAGCGUCCUCGACGGAAUCGAACGACGAAACACUGGCCUCAACCAAGAUGAACGGUGGUGAGGUGUGCACACACAUACAGAAGUCGAUCGACCUGAACACCAUACGCAAACAGAUCAAGGCCAACGAGACGUGGUGCCGGCAGAAGUGUGGCAAGUGCGGGGAUGAGCCGACUUUUGACUAUCUGCUUCAACUACCCACGAAGGAACCGAACGAAGUCGGUGACACGACGCUCUGGUUGUGUUUGAAGUGUGGUUCGCAUCUGUGUGGCCGGAAACACAACCAGCACGCCCUGCAACACUACGCGGUACCACGAUCUGACAUGCACGCGCUGGCGAUGAACACAACCACGUUCGAUGUUUGGUGCUACUCCUGCAACCUGCCGGUUGAUCCAUACGCGAAACCGAAACUGCUGGAGGUGGUAGAGUGCGUCAAGCGGGAGGUGAACAAGGUACGCGCCUCUGACCUCCCACUCGACGCCACGGACGCACAGCUACAGAUCACAACCGAAUCCGUGCGCAAAAUGAUGAUCGACGUGCUGCAAUCAACGCCUGCGACCAACAACUCGUUCGACGUGCCGGAUGCGGCCAAAAUGAACGACAACGAUCAAACGAACGACCGCAAACCGGCCGCCGGGGAUGGGGAUGCUGGGCAAGGGUCGGGUAAACCCCCACCGGGUACCACCAAACCCCCCGGGGCGAUUCCGCUCGGAGACGUAGCACGUUAUGGGCAACCGACACCUGGCUCACCGGAUGUACUGCCACGUGUCCGCGGUCUGUCGAACCUUGGCAACACGUGCUUCUUCAACGCCGUGCUGCAGUGCCUGGCUCGAACACCCUACCUCCUGCCUAUCCUGAAGCAGUCGGCGUUCGCGAACGAGCGGGUGUACAUCCCCGGCGGCGUGCUGGAUCUUCCGGAUGGGACCGAUCUGGUGGUUCCACCCAUCGAUGGUGUCCUGGAUGGGUGGCGCAGUCUGACGGAGGCGCUAGCUGAGCUGCUGACGGAUCUGUCCGCGAACGCACACGGUGUGUUGUCACCGAACCGGUUGCUGCAGGAGCUGACGUCCAAGUGGCCGCAGUUUGAUGGCGGCGAUCAGCACGAUUCGCACGAGCUGCUGCGCCAUCUGCUGGAGAGUGUGCGAACCGACGAUCUGCGCCGGUACCAGUCGUUCAUCCUGUACCGGCUCGGGAUGGACAAACGCAAGAGCCAACAUCAGCUGGACCCGAAGCAGCUGGCGCUGGUGAAGUUCUACGGCAAGCAGAUCGCCCAGUGGGUGUUCCGACCCGAGCAGGUGUUCCGUGGGUCGCUCGUAUCGACGCUGACCUGCCAGGAUUGCCAUCACACGUCGUCGCAGCACGAGUACUUCCUCGACAUCUCGCUGCCGGUGUGCGUGGAGAAACCGCAGCCUCCGGUGCGCCGCCGUAGCAGCCCGGAACCGGAUGGAAGCGGACCGGGAGCGACGGUGACACCGAUCGGUACGAACACCGGCCUGCCGACCAAAUCGCCCAGCAAGAAGGAGCGCGAGCGCGAGAAGAAAGCCAAGCGUAUUGCGAAGCAUCAGAAGAACCGCAUCAACCUCUCGUCGGUCGGUGGAACCGGGGCCGGUAUUGGGUUGUUGGCCGCGAGCGAGAAGACGAGCGAUGAACCGGGCGAGCCGAUGGCGAACAUGGUGCCGCUAACCGACGACCAGCCGGAUGAAUCGUCGGAUGACUCGAACGAACCGUCCGAUGCUGAUGUCGAGGAUAACGACGUGACGGACGAUCCGCUGUCACGUGGCGGUGGCGGUGGACCAGUCGCAACCGUCGACCAGAACGGUAACCAGUCGCGCUCGCUACCCGAGAAGCUGGAUGACACACCGGAGAAUCUAAACAAGGAACCAGACGGUGUUUGUGCGGUUAGUAUCAGCGCGCAACGGGCCGCCCACGUGACUCGCCAGCUUUCGGGUGGAACUGCAGGCAGCAGUGAAUCCGACGAGGACACGGUAGGUAGACGAGCGACCGGAACGAUCGGAACGACGACCGGACCAGCGACCACCGGUGAACCGAGACGUGCACGCCAACGCACCUACAGCCAUGCCGACUGGAGCAACACCAUCGCACCACGCUACCAAUGCGAAGAUGGUGAGUACUCGGUGCAAUCCUGCCUGAACAACUUCACCGCCGUCGAGCUGAUGACGGGCAACAACAAGGUGUGCUGCGAGGCGUGCACCGAGCGUGUGAACGGGAAAGGCGGCAAAUCGGUCAACACGAACGCGACGAAGCAGUUCCUCAUCUCGCAACCACCGGCCGUGCUGAUUCUGCACCUGAAGCGCUUCCAGGUCGGGCUGCGGGGUGUGUUCAAGAAGCUGAACAAGCUCGUCUCGUUCCCGUUCGUGCUCGAUAUCGCGCCGUUCUGUGGCUCGAAGGUGAAGCGCGCCUCGCACAUCCGGCCGGGUCAGAAGAAGAUCCUGUACGCGCUGUACGGGCUCGUCGAACACUCUGGCUCCAUGCACGGGGGUCACUACGUUGCGUACGUGAAGGUGCGUGCCCCGUUCGGCACCGACGACGAGCGAUGGAAGUUCAUCCCGCAGGGUACCAAGGACGAGCUGGACUGCAAGUCGGAGCAGGAGAUGGCCAAAGAGCAGGCGUUGCGGAUGGGUGUGCACCUGCGCGACGGUGCCGAUCGGCGGGAUGCACCCGCUCGGAAGGGCCCGGAUGACGGGGACGAGCUGGAGGGUGCGGUUGGGUAUGCAACCAAACCGGUUGAACCCCUUCCGGAUGUGACGUCACCACCCGGUAAAUGGUACUACGUGUCGGAUAGCAGCGUGCGCGAGGUAACGGAGGAGUGCGUGCUGAAGGUGCAGGCGUAUCUGCUGUUCUACGAGCGCAUAUUUUAAUUUCCCGAGGUUCUCGCGCACUGAUCCGCUUGAUCCGCUAUCCGCCAUCAUCCGUUCCAUCCUUUUUCUUCUGCUAUCCUUGUAUCUUUCCCCUCACACUCACACGUUAGCUGCUGUUAGCAGAAUCGCGGAGAUUCCUUUUACUCUCAUUGUCGUUGUCGUCUCUUGGACGUUGUUUGUCCUUUGACUUUCACAUUUUCUGUAUUUUUGUCGUUGUAGACACA